AAGACUUAAAAACUUGUGUUUUAACGAGAUUUAUAGAAGCGUGAAAAGAAGCCGCUGUUCAGCAGGAAGUUAAGCUGUAACCGCGAUGUGCGCAUGCGCCUCAGCUUCUCCCAAUCUAGGGAUGUGUUUCACUCCAUAAACGCAAUGAUCAUAAGCCUGAAAGGAAGUUGCAGAAGCUCUCCCCCCUCAUAGGAUACUGUUAUGGCAUCCCCUAAUGAGGUCACUGUGCCUACUGUGGAGGACAUGGUCAUGGUAAAGGUAGAGGAUGGUGACCCUGAUGACCCCAACAAGACCCAAGUCAUUCUACAACUUCAGCAGAUCACAAGUGAUGAGUCAAGUGAAGCAUCCGCAGCAGUUAUGGCUGUUGAAGCUGCCCCAGAACAAGGUGAAGAAGAAGUAGAAAUCGGCUGUCCCAUUACCUGUGGCGACUGUAAAGCUCUCUUAAUAUUGAAAAAAUUUGUUUGCCCAGGGAUAAAUGUAAAAUGUGUGAAGUUUGGAGACCAGCUCAUUAGCCCAAAACAGUUUGUGCAUCUAUCUGGAAAAGCAACUCUGAAGGACUGGAAAAGAGCCAUACGUAUGAAUGGGGUCAUGCUCAGAAAAAUGAUGGAUUCAGGUCAGCUGGACUUCUACGAGCACACCACACUCUGCACUAACACAUGUCGAAGUACCAAGUUUGACCUUCUAAUCAACAAUACCAGGUUCCCUCCAGAUGGCACUGGACUCACCACUCCCACUCAAGGCCAAGCAGUUCUAGGUAAUGGUGGCACUGGGGGAGAUGGUCAAAUAGAAGGUCUGGGUGCCAAGGUGGAGUGGAGCUCUGGGGACACGACGGAGAAAUCCAACGAGAUCUCAGAGGACACACUGAACUUCUGGAAGGGCAUUGCAGACGUGGGCUUGCUGGGUGAAGUGGUGACCAAUAUCAACACUGAGCUGCUGGCACUGCUCAAUGGAGUACAGCAGCGGAGUGAGCCAGGAGUGUUACAGGACACAGAUUCCUGUCUGGUAGAGGUGGCCGUGCUCAGUAACCUUGCCCAAGUGUUCGGUCUGCUGGACACGGUCAAGAGGAUCCUGGAGCGAAGGAGGGAACAGAUUGACCCCAGCCAGGAGGAGGCGCUCCAGGUUCUCAGCAAUCUGGAGCUACAGUUGGAGGAGCAGAAGAAGCAACAGCAAGUGAGGGCUCUGUUAUCCUGCCCUCAACCUCCCAAAAUCAAGACUCCCACCAAGCGCCCCACCAAACGGCCCAGACUCACUCGACCCGCCUCCACCACCACCCUGCUCGCCUCGCCCCAGCAGACCGCCACCCUCCAGCCGCAGCAGUUCACCGUGCUCUCCCCCAUCUCCCUGACCUCCGUGGGGCAGCCGCUGACAGUCACGGGGCUGCCCAUCGCCUCCCUGGCCCAGUCGUCCAACACGGUCACCCUGUUGCCGGCCGGAUCGCAGUUUUUCACCCGAUACAUGGUGGCGGGUGACGGGAAGACUGAUACUAUUACGCUCCACCCGUCGUCUGGGCUCACUCUGGACUCGAGCCAGCUCGGGGCCAUGAUGAACCCUGUGGAGUUGGUCCAGUUAAGCCAGCAGGGCGGCAGCACUGAGGUGGUGCCUCUCGACGGUCAGGUGGUGGUGCAGCAGGAGGGCGAGGUGCAGGACCAGGCCUUGGGCGUCAUGGAGCUUCAGCUUACGGGGGACGCUGCUAAAGAUGCCAUGAUGGUACAGAGUGGAAUGGAGGUCACCAUGGCAACGGAGGGGGAGGAACCACAAUGCCAAACACAGGAGGGGCAGACUGACACGACCCAGGGGCUGCAGUUGGAUGCCAGCGGACAGUUACAAGGCGUACAAAUAGUGGUGUUAGAAAAUUAGAAAACUCAGGAGGUCACAUAGACUUUUUAAUUGUGUGGAGCAGUUUUGGACUGUGUGCUUUGUAAAUACACAGAUAUUACAUUGGCUUCCGACCAAGUGCUAGGGUAGCCAUUUCCCUCUUCGCUGUGUUAGUAAAUAUUCCUCACCACCACUUUUAUUCUUUGUACGGAAAAGCAGAGGAGCAGACAUUUAGUUUGUACUUCUCGUAGUUUUGUAACGUAAGGAGCAUUCCAGUUUACUACAACGAGGUCAUGGCAUUUGUGAAUAGUAUCAAAAGUCACUCCAUUUUGAAACAGUGGUGACGUUAUGAAAUUAGGACCAAAGUUGUGUGUAACUGGAAAUGUCCGUUUGGCCUCUUUAAAACAAUCAGAGGAGAAUGCACUAUCAGUGUCUACAUGCAGGGUUCACCGGUGCUGUUCAGAAUACAUUCUCUUAUGCAGAAGCCUCAUUUUUACCAAGUUCCUAGUUUCAGUGCUUAAGUGGAAGACUUCAGAUGAGUUAUUCAAAUGCUAAACAUAAAUAUAUAUGUUAUAUUGCAUUACUAUUGUAUAUACCCUGACCUGUAGUGUAGGCAGAACUGCAUUGUCCAUGGUGGAUGAGUAAAACUACAUUGCCAUGGAAAUUAUCACCAAUAAUUUCAAUGUUAUUAAACAUUGUAUACUGUCUUAUGCUAUAUUGGAGAGUUAAAUUGGUACAAUGAUUUAUACUCCACUAUUCUCUAUACAUCUCUUUACUAAAAUAGAUUAGAAGGGAAUUUUGUCUGCUCUAAGACGAAACAUAAAGGUGCACUAUGUAACUUUUCUGGUGGAGAGUCACCAGCUUGUCUCCAUGGAGACGUUAUUGCUUUGCCUGGAAUUUUUCAGGCAAAUUUACUGUGUCAUUAAACUCAUCUAUCAUGCAUUUAUUUAAUUAGAGGUGUUUUUAUUGCAUAAAAAUAUCUUAGGAAACAUGCAUGUGUACUAUGAAAGGGUUCGCCUCUCCACUGAUCUGACCUCUGCAGCUUGACCUGGUGGUGCCUCCUCCUUGUCACCAUGGAGAUGCUUACAUUUCUUUUCAAGUGGAACAUUCUAGGCAAAGCAAUACAAUUUCUGUGCACACUCCACCAGAAAAGUUACAUUCUCAGAAGUAAAAAUUCUCAACAGACAUCAGUAAUUUGUCCUGAAGUAACCGUACUGUUCAAAAAGGACCUCUUUAAAUAAGGUUACAGGUGUCAUCUGAAAAAAUGUUGUAACCCCCCCUUUUCUUGUGUACCAAAUCGAAUCCCACCUUGGUGAAAAUGAGGCUUCACUGACCCAUCACAGACAAUUGCUGCCUGUGGUCAAUACUCUUACCAGGUUCAGUGUUGAAGUUACCUUUGAAAUUAUUGCACUGUCUAUUGUGUUGUAGUGUUGCAUCUUAAACUAUAGCAGAUGUAAGGUUUUUGCACAUUGUGGUGGUCACCUUUUCCUGUCCACACCAAAUGUUUUUCGCGACGUUGCCUGCUCCCUUAACAUUUCUUUAGCCACAGCUUGGGCAGAAUGUCUUCUUCUGUGUAUAGUCUGGCUCUCACUGGAAAUGCAUUGCUUGUGCACUUACAAUUUAUUUUUGGAGUGCUCUCUUGCUGACUGAAUUUAUGGAGAGGUUUGCUAAUUAUUAUUAUUUUUUAAAUAGAUCUUAUGAGUUCCUUUUUCAGUAUCACAAGUCAAGUGACCUACUGGGCCAUGGAAGAUGAAGAUAAUUGUUAUGUUACACUUGGUAUGCCUGUAUUUUACAUUUGUAUAUUAGUGUCAUAUUGUAUUUAUUAGUUUGAACGCUGAAAUCCUACCAACAUGGACAAUACAUAACAUUAAUUUAUGCUAACAUCAACUGAAAACCUGUUGAAGACUCAAGCAUUUUCAAUAAUUUAAUUUAAAAGAGGAUAUUUACACAAUGAAUUUGUAAUGUGUUUUAUUAAGAGAUUAAAAAACAAAAAUGUUGGUUCUAUUUAAUGCCACAA